CAGCAUUGAGCCACGGGCGAGCAACACAAGGACAGACAGACCUUUGGGAAUUUAAACAUCUGAGAACAAGACUUCUGUUUCUGUAUAUUUGAUUUAGAAAUUGGAUUUACAUGAUGGCUAAGUCAGGUCUGUCCAGUGGAGAGCAAUGCAUCAAAUACCUCAUAUUCGUCUUUAAUUUCAUAUUUUGGCUCGCAGGUACAGGAGUUCUAGCUGUCGGUCUCUGGCUGCGUUUUGAUGAAAGAACUAAAGGACUCUUCAUUGGAGAAGAUUCCCCGUCAGUGUUCCUCACAGGGGUUUUCAUCCUCAUUGUGGCGGGUGCCGUCAUGAUGGUGGUUGGGUUCCUUGGCUGCUGUGGAGCAAUCAGAGAAUCCGCUUGCAUGCUGGGACUGUUCUUUAUGUUCCUGCUCAUCAUUUUUGCUGCAGAGGUGGCCGCUGGUAUCUGGGGAUUGUCCAAUCAGGAAAAGAUCGUGACCGAUCUCCAGCAGUUCUAUGAGCAGACGUUCAAAACCUACAAAGACACUAAACAGGAAGCACUGAGAGAAUCUCUGCGAGCCAUUCAGUACGGAUUGGAGUGCUGUGGAACAACAGGACUAUUUUUUGAUGGAGCAGCUGAAACCUGUCCCAAAAAGGAGGGACUUGAAAUCUUAGUCACAAAGAACUGCCCAGAUGCUAUUAAGGAGAUCUUCACCUCUAGGCUCCACGUGAUUGGAGGAGUUGGGAUUGGCAUCGGUGUGGUCAUGAUCUUCGGCAUGAUCUUCAGCAUGCUGCUGUGCUGUGCCAUCCGACGAACCCAGGACAUCAUAUGAGCUGCCGUUGCCGCUGCAGCCUGUCUUCUGCUCUGUAUUUAUCUGUGUUUGUAAAGGUGUGUGUGUGUGUGUGAGCGUGUACAUGUUUGGAAAAUCGCUCUGAUAAACUUCUAACAAAGCCCCGCAUUGGUCAAGCACUCUCAACUGUUACAGGUCAUGCAUACGUUGAGUGGAAAAUUAAAUUGCCCUAGAGGCUGUUUUUAAUUUCUUCGGUAUUUCGACUAACGUUUAUUUUCCUCUUUGAAUGUACUUGUAAGCUUCUGGCAUUCUUUUGUAACGUUUUACAUGGCUUAUUUUAUGUACCCAUAUGGGUGUCUGGAGAGAGUAACACCUACUGUAGUAAAUUACCAAUAAAGUUGAUUACUAAUUGA